AUGUUGUUCCCCCUCGGCUCCUUGCCCCCCGGCCCACCGAUUGAAACUAAAAAGGCCUUGUUGCUGCUCGACUUUCAAAAUGAUUUUGUCAGUCCCGAUGGGAAGCUACCCGUCGCCAAUGUUCAACCUUUUCUUCAAAAUCUCAUCUCUUUGGUACCCCAAUUUCGUGCCAAAGGGGAGGUGAUAUGGAUUGGAACCGAGUUCAAACAGCCCCGCUCCACCAUUUCAUCCGUGACUGGGUCGCACUCCAUUCUCCUCAAACAAUUUAUCAAAGAGCAAGACUCAAACGACGAGGCCGGUGAGUAUUUCAAUGAUCCUGGUUACACUCGCUCGCCUUCCGAAGAUCCCCUAUCACCUUCGCCAACCCUCGACCUCACCUACGAUCGUGAGGCAUUUCUAGCUCCCGUCUCGACCCCCACCAGGUACCGGUGCUGCAUACCUGGUUCCCCGGGUGCCGAUUACCCUGAUCUCAUCAAGGCCGCCAUUGAUUCGCAACAAGACCGGGUCCUCCUAAAAUCACACUACUCAGCAUUUGUGGACACGCCGCUCCUGACGGACCUCCGGACCAGGCUUGUCACCGAGCUGUAUGUUUGCGGUUCGCUGUCCAAUAUCUCCGUCUAUUCUACGGUUCUAGAUGCGGUUUGUCAUGGCCUUCAAGUCACAAUCAUCGAGGAUUGUCUCGGCUACAAUGAUGAGACGUGUCAUAUUGAAGCCAUGCGUCAGAUGGCUGACAAUAUGGGAGCCAACGGUGUGGACUGUCAAGAACUCCGAGACGACCUGGCCGGAUUGCUGGGCGACGUUGUUCGGGAGGAAGAAUACACCACGAGAUUCCAAGUCAGCCUCCCCCCUCCUGCUCGCACCACUCGGUCUCACACGUCGAGAAAACGCAUCGAUGAUUGGAUUUCAACGCUUGAAAACCAGGGGCCUCCUGGUGACUCCGCGGAUGGUGAAGAAACGUCGUUGAAGGGGAGCAACGAGGUUGCCGUGGGCGGCCGUGACUUCUACCCAAGAAGUGAGUCAUCCCGAAGACCGGCGAAACCUCCUUCAAAAGAACAGAGUCCCCCUCAGAAGAGAUCUCCUAAGCCACUGAAUCAAACGCAGAACAAGCAACCCCCACGGAAGCGACGCCCUUCACACGAAUCCUCGAUCAGGUCCACUACCCCUCCCACAAAUACAACAACGGUUCGGGCUCUUUCCACCGAGGAUUCUGGUAUGAAUAAUCCAGUGUCUUCUGAGAGCGAUCAAGUCCAGGGUGAAGAUUUGGUCUCUGAAACAAAUCGAGAGAACCUUCAACUGGGUCCUAAGAAAAAGAAGAAGCUGACCGCCAACAUUCUUGGACCCAACGACAAGAUGGGACAGGGUGAUUGUCGGCUUUGUAUUGAUGUUCUCGGCCAGAAAGAAGCAGAUGAAGCCUUCCACUGUUGCAGAAAGUCUGUUAAAUGGCAGAAGAUGUAUCAUCGCUCAGGCGAAGUACCUCGAUUGGUCGCCGUUCAAGGGACGAUUUCCGCGAAUGGUACUCAACUCCCAAUUUACAGACAUCCCGCAGACGAGUCGCCUGAACUGCUCCCCUUUGACUCCACCGUCGACUUGCUGCGAAAGGUGGCGGAAAAGGCUGUCGGUCACCCAUUGAACCACGUCUUGAUACAGUGGUAUCGCAACAGCGAGGACAACAUUUCGGAACAUAGUGACAAGACUCUCGACAUUGUUCGUGGAUCCGGAAUCGUGAAUCUGAGUUUAGGUGCUCAAAGAACGAUGACUUUGAGGACCAAAAAGUCCGCCGUCACCCCCAAUGGCGAUGAUCCUGAGGCCGACUUUACAAGACCUUGUCAACGAAUUCCCUUGCCUCAUAAUUCCUUGUUCGUCCUGGGACAGGAGACGAACCAACAUUGGCUGCAUGCCAUUCGCGCCGACAAGCGACUUCCCUCAGAAAAGAAUCCCUCCGAACUCGCCUUCGAGGGUGAGAGAAUAAGCCUGACCUUCAGGCAGAUUGGAACAUUCAUAAAUCCUAUCGCAGGCACAAUAUGGGGCCAAGGGGGCACAAGCAAGACAAGAGAAGGAGCCAAGAAAUUAUUGUUUGGAAGCGAAGCUGAGAGAGAAGGUGAAGCCAUGAUCCGUGCCUUUGGCCAGGAAAAUCACCGCAGCAUAGAUUGGGAUUGGGAGGAAUGGUACGGGAAAGGAUUCGACGUGGUGAACUUCGAGACUAAGAAAGUUUGA